CUCCCAAAGACUGAUCACGUGAUUAAUUACUGUUCCCAUAAUUAGCGCUCAUUUCGUGCGAAGACAUCAUUCGGCAACACAAGAGCGCGUGUCUCAAGAUCUCAGCGCUUCUCGCGGUCCAAGAGCGCGUGUGGAUCGGAAGCUCGGCCGGAAUCGUUUGCAUUCUCGACACCAAAUCCAAAGAACUCGAAAUCGUUCCGAACGGACACACGGGUCACGUGCGCUUCCUCACGGCCAUCCACGGGCUCGUCAUCUCGGGCGGCGACGGCAUCGAAGUGUACCGCCGGGGCGGCGCCUCCCUGGAGGGCGGGGCCAACGGCGGACGCGACGACUCAACCAAUCAUUUGCUUUUAUGUUUGCGACGAUUGUUGUCUCGAGGCUCUCAACAGCUCUCACAGCGCUUACAUUCCUCGCGCAACACUCCUGCCUUUCGCACACUUCUCAUUGUUUUUCUCAGCAUUGCCUUCACUGCGCGCACUCCUCUCCAUAG